CUAGGAGUAUCAGGAGUACCUAAAUCCAUAACACUAUGGCAGGAUGCUCCGCAUAUCGGCGGGACUCGCGAUGGCUAAUCCUGUUUGUGGUUGCAGUUGCUAUGGUUAUGGAUUACAUUCUCUUCACUAUUGUAGCUCCAAUCGCCCCAGCUUUACUUUAUGACACUGAGUAUGGGAACAGAAACACAACUGUACUGCUUAACAACUCCUCUGGUUCUUCAUUGUACCGCGACUCGAUCAUUAACAAUACAGAGAGUGCUGGAAAUCAAACCCAGUGCUACGAGGAGAAGGACUAUUUAAAUGAAGAGAAUGUGCUAGUGGGUCUCCUCCUUGCUAUUAAAGCCUUGCUGCAGCUUCUGACAAACCCCAUAGUGGGCAAAAUUAUUAACAGAACUGGAUAUGAUGCCCCAUUGUUUUGUGGCACUAUUAUUAUGUUCCUCUCCACUCUCAUGUUUGCCUUUGCCGAUUCCUAUGCCUUUCUCUGUGUGGCCAGGGGGUUGCAGGGAAUUGGAUCAUCUUUUACUGCUGUGCCAGCUCUGGGCAUGCUGGCACAUGUGUUUCCAGAUGAUGCCGAAAGAGGGAAAGCCAUGGGUAUAGCUUUGAGUGGUGUUGCCAUUGGGGUGCUUGCGGGGCCUCCUUUUGGUUCUGCCAUGUAUGAGUUUGUUGGAAAGUCUGCUCCAUUUCUAGCUAUAGCAGCAUUGGCUCUUCUUGAUGGAGUACUACAGCUUUGUAUACUUCGACCUACAAGAUUCUCCACAGUGGAUGUUCCUGCAACACCCUACAAAAAUCUUCUCAUGGAUCCUUACAUUUUGGUGGCAGCAGUGGGUCUCUGUAUCUGUAAUCUUACUUUUGGCAUGCUGGAGACAACUUUACCUAUUAGAAUGAUGGAAACCAUGUGUGCCCCCCGAUAUCAACUUGGACUGUGUUUUCUACCCUGUAUUGUCGCAUAUUUCAUUUGUCUGAAUGUAUUUGCGGAGCUUGCACAAAAAAUUGGGAGCGCUGCACUGGGAAUUGGCUUUGGAAUGAUGGAGACAUCAGUAAUGCCACUCAUGGCACAUCUGGUAGACUUACGGCACACUUCUAACUAUGGGGGCAUAUACGCCAUCUCUGAUAUUGCUCUGUGUAUUGGUUAUGCACUGGGCCCGUCAUGUGGAGGAGCCAUUGCCAAGGCUGUUGGGUUCAAAUGGUUAAUGAUUAUAUUAGGUAUAAUAAACCUUGUUUUUGCGCCUCUCUUCAUUCUACUGCGCAACCCACCUGGAAAAGAGGAGACGAAGCCUUUACUAAGCCUUAAGGAGAAGCCCGACUCAUGCUAAACACAGCUUCCCAGAUUUGUGCCUCACACAUCAGUGGCGAGGGGGUUAACUCUAUACUAAGGACAAACCUGCUGAUGGACAACAAUACUCAUUUAGAAAAAUGAAGCAUUGCUGCUUGUCUCUUGUUUUAUCCCUUACGAGCUUAAAACUGACUCAUAUUUGGUAAUUAUUUAUUUAUGUACACAUAGGACAUAUGUUCCGGGCCACCAGCCUCUUGGUUCUAUUUAGGAUAGAAAUCAUCUUUGUCAAGGUGCAAAAACCUAAAUUGUUAGUUUCUAUUGUAGUUUGAUCAUUUUAGCCUGUGCAAUUUUGUUUUCCCAAUUGGGUAAUAUUUGUUUCUCUGGAGCUUAAACCUUUUCUUCUUUAAAUGACUUAGUGUCAUCGCCAUGGUGGCCAAGUGUAAAGGAAACCUGCUUUUUGUGAAAGAAAUGGGAUAAGAAAUUCUAAUACAGGUAUGGGACCUAUUAUCCAGAAUGCUUGGGACCUUUCUGGAUGAGGGAACUUCCUGUAAUUUAUAUUUCCAUAUGUUAAGUCCACAAAAAAAAUGUAAACACGAAUUAAACUGAAUUGGAUAUGUGUAUCCUCCAAUAAGGAUUCAUUAUAUCUUAAUUGGGAUCAAAUACAAGGUACUGUUUUAUUGCUACAGAAAAAAGGAAAUCAUUUAAAAAACAAAUUGUAUUAUUUGAUUAAAAUGGUGUCUAUGGCAAAAGGGCUUUCUGGAAAGUAGGUUUCCGGAUAACAGAUCACAUAUGUAUACUACACUGCUGCUGUCCAUCUGCCCUGCUGUGAUGAUUUGAUACCUGCUACUUCCCCGCUCUCCCUGCUUUGCAGGGCAGUAGAUCCCACCAUCUUUGCUAUCUAUACAAUGGAAUAUAAAUGUUGUGUGUUA